AUGGAGAGCCACAUUGCACUGAUGACCCAUGAUGCCAACUUGCAUGCAGCACCAUCAGCAGAGGAUAAUAUGGAGAAGGAGGCCAACUCCUUAUCAUUGGAAGAAGAUGAUGUAGUAGACAUUGAUGUUUCAGAUUUGCAUGGGGAGAUGAACAUGGAUGGCAGUGGCAGGGCUCUUUCCACACCACUUCCCUCAUACACUUCCUCCGCGUCUCUACCGCCUAAGCUGCUUCCUUCCUUCAAAAGGAACAGCGCUGCAGCGACCGGCAAAGCGCCUCAAGUACACAACGGUAUCGUUCCACCCAACGGACGCUAUCACCCGUACCAACGCGAUCCGUGUCGCACGCACCGUCUAACCCAGGGGAAUCUCAUCCAAGCAAAGCCCCCACAAGCCAGCUCACAAGGCAUCACAGCCGAGCGUCGCCAACAGGAGCGCAAGGUUAGCCUCUGGCUCGAAGACAUUCCAAAAGACGCGCUUACCCCGUUCAUUCCUCUCCAACCUCCUCACCCCUACGCUACAUUCCCCGCCAUUGACGUCCUCAACUUCGCACUCUCAAAGAGUUACCAUCCUCGAGGAAUCCACGAGAAUCCCAAAGGCACUCUCUCCGAGAAUAUCGCGCCGACUGUAUACGCUACUAUUCAGCGAUACAAAGUCCUGCAGCAGCCUCACAUCGCUGCCAAGUUCACGGAAGAGCAGUUGAAGUGCCGAGAUCGAAUUCUUCGACACCUAUCCGUCAUAAACGAGCACAUAGGGGCCGGGCACGAUUUCACCUUCGUCGAUAGGCGCAUCGCUAUUAAGCUUUGCGUAGGAUUAGGAAAGAUUUCCUUCAAGGGAAUCAAUAAGGAACAGGAGCGCGUAGGCAAAGAGAUAGUGAAGUUUGAGAAGGAGUCGUGCUACUGGCCUUAUUAG